CAAGAAGUUACGUUAGCAUUAUAUAUAUUAGGGAACAGACCUUGGGUAACGAUACUCUGAUAACGACGUAAGAAGUGAACAUAGACAGGUGUUAUGCAUAGGACGGAGAACAGACAGAAAACCAAAGUAACCCAGACAGACAGGUAGAUAGAUAUAGAUAAUGCGUAUUGACAAUUUAACGUGAGAACCAGGUGGAGAGAUAAGAUUAGAACCCUUGCCGGUGCAGGAUGGAGCACACUUAACGGAUAUGGGGGACGGAUACCAGACAGAAAAUCAAAGUAACCCAGACAGACAGAUAGAUGGAUAUAGAUAAUGUAUAUUGCCAUGAGAACCAGGUGGAAAAAUUAAAUUAGAACCCUUACCGGGGCAGGAUGGAGCACACUGACAGAUAUAGGGGACAGAUAGCAGACAGAAAACCAAACUGCAGACAGACAGAUAGAGACAGAUAGAUGCUUAUUGACAGGGGAACCAGGUGGAAAAAUUAAAUUAGAACCCUUGUCGGGGCAGGAUGGAGUACACUGGCAUCAGAGGGAAAAGUGGGGAAAAACACGAGGAAAGCUUUUGUCCUGCAGUGGGCUAAUGAUGCAUAAUGGAGGGUGAUGAUGAUGGUAAUGAUGAUGGUAAUGAUAAUGACCUUUCCAUUUUUUCCUCUCCUUUGCUAUUCUGUUCUUUUUCUUCCUUUCCUUUCCGUUCCUAUCCCAUUUUUUUCCUUUUUCCCAUUCUUUCCUGUUUUCUUUUUCCUUUCACUUUUUCCUUUAUUCUGCUACCGUAUUUUUCCUUUCUUUUCCUCCUAACUUUUUCCUUUCCCUUUCAUUUUCCUUUCAUUUUCUAUUCUUUUUUUUUUCUUUUCCAUUCCUAUUGUUUCCCUUUUCCUUUCCCUUUCUUUUCCCGCUAUUUUGCUAUCCAUUUGGUUUUCCUUUCCUUUCCUUUCCCUUUCUAACAUUUUUGUCCUUUCCCUUUCCCUCUAUUUUCCCUUAUUUUACUGUCCUGUAUUUUCCUUUCCCUACCUAUCCGAUUUUUUACUUUCCUUUCCCUUCUUAUCCUAUCGCUUCCCUUUUCCUUUCCCUUUCUUUUUCCCCAAUUUUGCUAUCAAUUAGUUUUCCCUCCCUUCCCCUUUCUAUCCUUUUUUCCCCUUUUUCAUAUCCUAUUUGUUCCUUUCCUUUCCUAUCCUGUUUCCCUUUCCUUUCCCUUUCUAUCCUACUUUUUCCCUUUCCAUUUCCCUUUCCCUUUUAUCCAUGCCCAUCACACAGCAUAUCCACGUGCCCCUCCACACCACAAAACCCCUUAUCCAUUACGCCACAAAGCCUCCCCCUCCCCUCCCCAUCCCCCCCCUCCCUCCUCGCCCCCUUCCUUCAGUACGUCUUUGCUUCGUAUAAUAACGGAGCUACCUUCUCUGACCGCCAUUGUCCCGUCCCGUGUAUCGUACGCCGCCCCCCUUUACCCCCCCUGCCCCCCCUCAUACCCCCCCCCUAUCCUUCCUUGGUAAGCCCUUUCUCUCACUGUGUCAUACGUUGAUCCGCUCUCUCUCCCUCUCUCCCUUCCUCCCUCCCUCUCUUUAUCUCGCCUCCUCCUCCUCCUCCUCCUUCUCUUCCUCCCAUGUCCUAAAUUUUGAAGUUACAGCGUGAGAAAAACAUGGAAAGGAUCUCGACUGGACUUCUGGGUGAGAGAGAGAGAGAGAGAGAGAGAGAGAGAGAGAGAGAGAGAGAGAGUCGGUCAUACCAAAAGAUUCAUUUGUUUGUUUGUUUGUUUGUGUGUUCCUUUACCUCGUUUUCUUUCUCCAAUGUUUCGUUUGUUCAUGAUUUUAUUUAUUCAUGUGUUUUGUUCCUCCAUUUCCUCCCCUGCCACUCAGUACCCCUGCCAGGUCAUCCCUCUCUCUGUCUAUGUGUCCUUGCCAGACCUCCUCUUCCUCUCAAUACCCCCUUCCCUUCCACUUUACACCCUGUCAAACCCUCCCUUCCCCUCACUACCUUACCAAUGAUCCCCUUCCAUGCAGUACCCUUGGCAACCCUUCUUUUCCCCUCAGUACUCUGCCAAGUCUCUCUUUCCUCUCAAUAUCCCCUUCCCUUCCACUUUUCACCCUGCCAAACCCUCCCUUCCCCUCACAAACCAAUCAUCCCCUUCCAUUCAGUACCCUUGGCAACCCUUCUUUUUCCCCUCAGUACCCUGCCAAACCUUCCCUUCCCCUUACUUCCCAUGUUAAGUCUCCCCUUCCCUUCAAUACCCUGCCAGCCUUUUCCUUCCCCUCAUAUAAAGCCUUCCCUCCCCUUUUCCCUUGCCAAGCCUUCCCUCCCUUUCACUACUCUGCCAAACCUCCCUUUCGCCUCCCUUCCCCUGCCAAGCCUAUCUUCCCUUGCCAUGGUGUCACCCCCUGCUGGGCCUCUGAAGGGGGUGGAGGUAGGGGCUCAUGCAUUCAUCAUCAGGGGGGAGGGGAGGGGAAGCUGCAGGGACAGGGCACUUCAUCCUCUUAACUCCCCCUCGUCUCCCCUCACUCUCCCUCCCCCUCCCUCUCCUUCCCUCUCCCCUCUCUCCCUAUCCUCCCUCACCCCUUCACCUGUACAAGCUAUACCUUCCCUCAGCCUUCACACCUGUCCAAUCUGUCCCCCCCCCCCCCCCUCACACACAUAUACACCUGUGCCUACUGUUCCCUUUCCUUCUUACACACGUUUUCAUCGUUCCCUUUUGCUCCCUCCUCAUUCGUUCCCUUUCACUUCCUCAUUCGUCCCCUUCCCUACUCUUUUUUCCCCCUUUCCUGUUCCCUGUUUCCCUCCUCCUCCCCUCUACACUAUCCAUUACUCCGCCCUGCCCUCCCUUAACUUUUUUUUAAACACUCCCCGUCUACCCACAUACCUGCUUUCCUCCUCCCUCUCAUUUCCUUCCCUCGUGUUUUUUUUCCCCACUUUCCCUCUCUAUCUUUACCUCUCCCUCUGCAUUCUUUCCUUCCAUCCCUCAUUUUCUUUCCCCUUUUUUUUUCAUUUUUCUUUCCCCGUUUUUCCACCUCCAUUCUUUCCUUCCAUUUCUCAUAAACCUUCAUACCUCUCUUAUUUCCCCUUCCAUCCCUCUCUUUUUCCAUUUCUCUCUUCCCCCCACCCUUCUCUUUUUUUCCUCUCUCCUCCUACCCCUUUACUAUCCCUUCCACUUCUCAUUUUUCUUCCCAUUCUUCUUUCCUUGCACCACUCUCCUUUAUCCUAUCAUUCCUCUCAUUUCCAUCGUUCUCUAUUCCUUCAACCUUCCUCUUCCUCCUCCUCCUCCUCCUCCUUCUUCUUCCACCUUCCUCACCCCCUUCACACCUGUUCCCCAUCUACACGUACUCAGUUUCACCCCCCCUCCCCCCUUUCCUCUUCCUUUCCCUUUCCUCCUGUACCCCUUCACCUUUCCUCCCUCUCCUCCCUCUUUCGUUCCAUCCUUCCUCACCUGUAAUAAACAACACGUACACCUGUCCAUCAUAUCUCCCUCCCCCCAUUCGCCUUACAUGCACCACCCUUUCCACCCUUAACCCUUUCCCCCUACCUUCCUCCCCCUUCCUCUCUCCAUACCUCAUAUCCCUCCCUUACACACGUUUAUCCCAUUUCCCCUCAAAAUCACCCCUUCCACUCACCCUUUACCUCCCCUUCCCCUCUUCCCUCCUCCCCUUUCCCCUCUCCACACCUGGUCAUAGUCCCCCUUACAUCCAUUUCCCUCCCAUACCACACCAUCCACACGAACUCACCCCCCCCCUUUACCUCCCCCCCCCCCUUCUCAUCCCCAAUACUUGCUUAAUACACCUGGUCAUGCCCCCCUCUUACACCCAUCCCCCCAAACCGCCCCAUCCUCACGUACUCACCUCUCCACCCACCUAUUACUUCCUCCCUCUCCCCUUCUCCCCUCCCCCAAUACCUGUAAUAAGCCCCACGUACACCUGGUCGUGCCCUCCCAUAACGUGACAUCACUCGUAAAACAGCGGACCAUGAAGCAGGGCAGCAGGUGGGCGAGGCGGCGGCGGGGCGGUGAAACGAGCGGCCGUGGCGGGGGUUGGGUGUAGGGGAGGAGAGGAGCAGGAAGCGGGUGGGGCUACAGCCGGCAGGGUAAAGCGGAUAGGCCAGCUCAGGGGCGGCGGGAGAGCGGAGGUUGCAGUGGUGUCGGUCAGGGUGGCAGGCAGGUUGAAGUACGCGGCCUCGCCAGGAUAGACUCGAUAGAGGGUCGAUGGAUAAAAUAGGCCGACGUACAAAAGCAGCAGGAGAGGGGAGAUUGUAAGCAGUAUCGGUCAUGGUAGCAGGAAGGUUGAGAUACACACCGCCCCAGCAGGAUAGGAGGAUAGGUGGCUAGGAUAGGUUAACGUACAAGGGCGUAUAGAGGUUUCCAGCAGGUUAAAGGGACAAAAAGGGGUGGAUAGGAGAGCGAAGGUUGCAGCAGUGAUGGCAGUGUAGCAGAACAUUUGAAGUACAUAGCCCUGGAAGGAUAGAAGGAUAGGAGAAGCAUGGGAGCUGAGGUUGCAAGCAGAGUCGGUCAAUCUAACUCUAGCAGGAGGGUUGAAGUACACAGCCCUGGAAGGAUAGAAGGAUAGGAUAGGCAGGAGAGUGGAGGUUGCAAGCAGUGUCGGUGCAGUGCCGCUAAGAUAGAGGGAUAGGUGGGUAGGUUAGGUUAAGAUACAGGGAUAGGUGAGUAGGUUAGGUUAAGAUACAGGGAUAGGUGAGUAGGUUAGGUUAAGAUACAGGGAUAGGUGAGUAGGUUAGGUUAGCAUACAAGGGCAUCCAGCAGGUUAGAGGGACCAAAAAGGGGGAGGAUAGGUAUCAGAGAGCAGGUAUCCGCCAGGCAGGACGCACCCUCACCAGGAAUAGAGGUGUAGGAUAGACCAGCGUACAAGGGCGGAUUGGAAAUGUAUGUUACGAGCAGGUUAGAGGGACGGAAGGGGGAGGAUAGAUCACAGAGGCAGGUAGCAGGUAUCCGUGAAGCAGGAAGGUAACAGCACGCACCCUCACCAGGAAUAGAGGUGUAGGACAGACCAGCAUACAAGGGGGGAUGGGAAAUAUAUGUUACGAGCAGGUUAGAGGGACAGAAGGGGGAGGAUAGAUCACAGAGGCAGGUAGCAGGUAUCCGUGAAGCAGGAGGGUACUGUAUGCAGCCCGCCAAGACACUAGGUAGGUCAGGAGAGCUUUGCAGCAGCUGUCGGUAUUCUUAAAGAGGAAAGUAGUGAAAUAAUGGAUGAAGCGCGGGAGUUAGGUUGCAGUUCAGAGUUCCCGUUAGGUUAAGAGAACGAGGGGGGGUGAGUACUGAGUAGGGGUAUGAAGCAGUACAGUACCGGAGAGGUUAUGACAAAGUGGAGUUAGCAAAGGUAGGAAGGAGCACAGUACCGGAGAGGUUAUGACAAAGUGGAGUUAGCAAAGGUAGGAAGGAGCACAGUACAGGAGAGGUUAUGACAAAGUGGAGUUAGCAAAGGUGGGAAGGAGCACAGUACAGGAGAGGUUAUGACAAAGUGGAGUUAGCAAAGGUAGGAAGGAGCACAGUAUAAGAGAGGUUAUGACAAAGUGGAGUUAGCAAAGGUGGGAAGGAGCACAGUACAGGAGAGGUUAUGACAAAGGGGAGUUAGCAAAGGUAGGUAGAAGCACAAUACAGGAAAAGUUAGGACAAGAUGGGUUGGCAAAAACAGGAAGCAGUGCAGUACAGGAAAGGCAAGGACAAAGAUGGGAUGGCAAAGGUAUUAAGCAGUACAGUGCGUGUCUCUAUGGGGAUUAAAAGGAGGAGAAAUGCAGAGUAACGAAGGAAAUUCAAGGAAAUCAAUGUCCAAGGAAUAUUAAAGUUAAGCUAUGAAGCGUCACAAAAGCGAUUCAGGGAAAGAGGAAAAGCGAUGUCGCGAAAAAAAAAAGGUUGUCGAGUAAUAAGCGAGGAAUAAAACAUGAAGUGGAUGCUUUAGCGAGAACACAGUGAAAACGCUUUAGAGUGAAGUGAAGCAUUAACGAAUCCGUGGAGAAAAAAAAAAGAAAAAAAGAAAAAGCUAUUAGUAAGGGAGGUUCCGUACAAAGCUAAUGCGUAGAAAUUGUUUGAUAAAUGAAAUAACUAAAUGAUAAUAAAAAGAAUGUCAGAAUUGAACUAUUAAGUGUUGGUGUAGGAAAUAUCAGUACAAGCCGUGGGGAAAGGGAAGUUUUAGUAAGUUAAAAAUAUGCACGCUUGUAAGACAGUGAUUAAAAAAAGGAUGCCAGAAUAUAAAAGAACUUAAGGCUUGCUGUAGGAAGUAUCAGUGAAAGACGUAGGAAAAAGGGAAAGUUUAGUAAAGGAAAAUAAAUAGUAUGACAACAAUACUAAAGAAUGUGUCAGAACAGAAAGAACUUAGGCUUGGUGGAGGAAAUAUCAGUACAGGGCGUGAGAAAACUUGUCUUAGUAAGUGAAAAAAACAAACUCAUUAGUAACUUACAAAGACAAUAAACGUUACAGUUACCGAGGAGGAGAUAAAUUUUUAAUGCAGGAAGAGAAGUGAACGUUAUAGAGCGCAUGAAUGAAGGCAGGAAUCGAUGGAGUGAACGUUCCAGUGUGGAAUGAAAUCACUGCAGUGCAAUAACGUUCCAAUCAAGGACGAAGGCAGUUCAGUAACGUUUCAGUCAAAGAGGAAAUCGCUUAUGAUCAACGUUUCCAUUAAGAAUUAAUUAGUACUGGUAACUUUUCAAUAGAGGAAGAUAGUCAGAAGUGAGAAGUUCAGGCCGGGUAAAGUAAAUCAAGUCACAAGAGUAAUUAGAAAAGCAUUUCAAUCAAUAACACAUCCAGGCACAGUUUCAAGAAGGGAAGAAAAUUAGUGAACCAAAAACGGUUGACAUAUAUGAAAAAACAGCAUGGAGAUUAUUUACCUGACAAAUUAAAUGAAGGUGUUAUUGGUAUAAGUAGGACAUUAAGUAUAGAAAAAUUGUAAUCAAGAACACUUGCAGACAGUUUCAAAAAGGGAAGAAAUUGACGAACCAGAAACGUGUGAAAUAUGAGACGAAAACAAUAUGGAGAUUUUUUUUUUUCAGUCCUGCGAAUUAACUCAAGAUAUUAUGAUUUUGAACACGAAACAUUCAGUUAAACAUUUCACUCAAGAACAUAUCCUGACUCGAGUUUAAUCAGGGAAGAAAAUGAUGAACCAGAAAUGUUUAGAAUAUGUGGGUCAGAAAAGAUAGGAUGUUUCAAUCUAGCAAACCAAAUCAGGGUAGGCCUAUACGAAUGGUAGUUACAACACAAAACAUUCGAACUCAACACUUAGGGUCGUAUUGCAAGGCAUUUCGCCAUCCAAGAACACACAUUUGACAAGGCUUUCGUGGGAGUUGUGGGCAUUUCCAGGAGUAGUUUUAUGACCCUGGUGGUAGUUUGACCCUUCUUCUGUACCGUGAACCUCAAGAAGCAUUCAUUGGAACCCGACUGACCCCCUCCUUGGCCUUUAGAAAUAGCUGAUGUGAGCAGAGAAAAUGUCUUACAAUAUAGACCUUAGAGGUAAAGUUUCAGACAGGGAAGAAGAAAUGCGCGUUCCAUAAACUUUUCACAAGUCUUUAUCAGGAAAUCGAUGUUGCGAGGGAGCCAGUCUAAUAAAUCAAAUCAAGUUGAGAGAAGUUAAGGAACGGGACAUUUCUUUCAAGGGUAAACCAAGACAACAUUUCAGGGAUGAGAGAGAGGAAUCAAUGCAUAGGGAACGUUUCAGACUGGACACAAACGAGUAGUGAAGAAACGUUGUCUGGAGAUGGAAGCAGGAGGAGGAGGAGGAGCUGGAGGCGGGGAGACCAAAAUCAAGAAGAAAAUCAAUGCAGUAGAUGAUGCCAGAAGAGAGAGAGAGAGAGAGAGAGAGAGAGAGAGCAGACUGAGUAGUAAUUAAAGAGACAAGAGUGAGGAGUCAGCAGGCAGGAGUUCAAGCAGGCAGGCAGGCUUAGGGGAGCGCAGGGGGGGUGGCGACCUGCCUUGACCCAGUAUGCAGUGUGAAAGUUGUGUGUGUGUGUGUGUGUGUGUGUGUGUGUGUGUGUGUGUGUGUAGAUGCUUUUGUCAUGUCUGUUUAUGUAUGGCUGAGGCGCAUUGGUGUAGGUCUUAGCUAUCAGUGGACCAGGGUUCGAGCCCCAUUUCGUAGGGGAAGCGGCGUCGUGUCACCGCGGCAGGAGCGUGUGGCCUUACCUGUCUGGCUCAGGUGGAAAGUCAUGGCUGUGUUUGGACGUGUCUUGCGUCACCGUCUGUCUGUCUGCUUUCUUGUGUGUGUUCAGCGUUAAGUGGGCCUCUUUUUGUCCGUCUUGCGUCCCGAUCUGUCUGUGUCUGUCUCCUGAGUUUGAUAUUGCAUCCUUGCGUCUGUGUCUCAGUGUGAGUGUGUGUGUGUGUGUGUGUGUGUGUGUGUGUGUGUGUGUGUGUGGAGGGGGGGGGGGUAGGUAGGUUAUGUGUCUGGCCGUUGUGCGUGUGCUUUCAAAAAGUGGAUACGUGAGUGCGUGCGUGCGUGCGUGUGGGUGUACGUUUGUGCGUUCACGAGCGUGCGCAGGUGGUGAGUAUUCAUGUGCGUGCGCAAGUGAGUAUGCAUGUGCGUGCGCCUGCCUGUGAGUAUGCAUGUGGUUGUGAGUACAUAUGUGCGUGCGUGUGUGCGUGCGCAAGGCGGCGGCGGCGGCGGGGCAAGCAGAGAGGAGUCAACGCCCGCCCAAGGUUGACAGGGGAAAGCGUCUUUGUUGGCCGCCCCGCAGACAGUUGGCAGACAGCUCUUACCAGUCAUGCCUUCCCCGGCGGCGGCGGCGGCAAUGGCUGUGGCGGCGGAGGAGGUGCUGGUAUGAGGGAGCUGCCGCCCAGACACCCCCUUCCUGCUCCCCCCCCCCGCCCCCCAUGCUUGCUUGCUUUGUGUGUGUGUGUGUGUGUGUGUGUGUGUGUGUGUGUGUGAAAGAUUUUCUCUGAUUUCAUCUUUCCGUUCGUUGCUUCCCUACUCCUCUCUCUCUCUCUCUCUCUCUCUCUCUCUCUCUCUCUCUCUCUCUCUCUCUCUCUCUCUCUCUCUCUCUCUCUCCCCGUGGACUUGGCUGCGUGCCUCCCUUUCUCUGUCAGUCGGGCUGUUUGUCUGAUGGCUUGCCAAAGUCUGUCAGCCAUUUGUUGCUGACUGCUUGCCCGUCUGUCUGUCCCGUACCUGUCUUACACCCUCCCCCCUCCCCCUUUCUCUCUCUCUCUCUCUCUCUCUCUCUCUCUCUCUCUCUCUCUCUCUCUCUCUCUCUCUCUCUCUUCAUAGUGAUGGUGUCUGCUUCCUGUUUCCUUCAAAGAGGAGGAGGAGGAGGAAGAAGAGGAGGAGGAAUGUCUUGGUCAUCCUUCCCCUUCACCCCUGCAAGCGUGAUUUGGCGGCGGUGGCGGCGGAGAGGGGGAGGGGGGUGUAGUGGUGGGGGAGGAAAGUUGUCGAGGUGGCGGUUGCAACAUUUAUCGACAUGAAGUACUUUUUCCUCUUUAUGAGCUGAACCACGCAUCAUCUCGAUCUCACGCAAGCGCCUAUUCCUCCACUUCUUGUUCCUCAUAUCUGCUUCUUGUACACGAGAGAGAGAGAGAGAGAGAGAGAGAGAGAGAGGAGCACUUGAAAUAAGGCUUCUGCAAGGAAAGGAUUAAUCUCCGUUCCUCCACGUUUCUUCUGCCUUUCCCUUGUGUCUUAUUUUUCCUCUCUCUCUCUCUCUCUCUCUCUCUCUCUCUCUCUCUCUCUCUCUCUCUCUCUCUCCAACCCUUUCUCUGCAUCCCUGUUCUUUGUGGGCACAUAGUGUUGUGUUAGGUCAUGGUUCUCUCUCUCUCUCUCUCUCUCUCUCUCUCUCUCUCUCUCUCUCUCUCUCUCUCUCUCUCUCACACACACACACACACACACACACACACACACACA